AUGUCCCCACCCACCCUCUCGGUCAAUCUCUACGCUAUCUCUUCUCGUUUUCGCUGCACUCCAGCGCGUUCUCCAAUUUAUCUCCCCAUUGGAAACCUUAUGGAGAGCCUGACAGGACAGCCUGGGCAGCCUGAACGUAUGCAACGUCACUCGUGA